UGACCCGGGCCACCCGUGCCGGGAUCCUCGCUCCCUGCGGCUGCCAAAACCGACUCCAGGAUGUGAUUCAUGGGGAUGGAGCGUGUCCCGUCUCACUGGCGCCAGGCCAGCGGGAGCCCCACGGGGUACGCCGUGUCCCCGGCUUUGUGAGGCUCCUGCCCACCCGCGGGUGCUGCUGCGAGUGGGGGACACGGGGUUGCCCUGCUGGAGGACGGCACAGAGAGUGUCCCGUGGACUUGAGACCCCUCUCCACGCCGCAGCGCUGGUUCUGGGCUUUUCUCUAAUUCUCCAUGGCAGCAGCACAGGGUCCUGUGACCUGUGAGCCCGACACGCGUGUCCUCGGCACCUACCUCUCCUCGGAGCCCGUCGGCGUGGUUGGCAGCAUGGGCAGCGUGGGCAGCCUGGUGGAGAAGCAGGAUCUGUCCCCCCUGGAGCUGCGGGCCCCGCUGGGCGGCUCGCGGGGGCUCCGGCAGCCCGACGGGCUGCUGCGCAAGGGGCCGAACCAGCGGGAGCUCUUUGGGUACCUGCACGGGGCCAAGAAGGAGACGCGGGCGGAGCGGAAGCACCAGACAUCGGGCGCCUGCUACAAGCGGGACUACGAGAGCGACCGCGAGAACCGAUCCCCUGAGCGCUGCUCCCGCGAGCAUCACCGCGGGGCCGACUUCUCCAAGAGCUCCCUGCCCGAGCGGGGCCGCUUUGACAAGUGUCGUAUCAGGCCCUCGGCCUUCAAGGCAGUGGCUGGGAAGGGGCUGGUCUCCAUGCAGGGCCUGUCCUCGUCCAAGGGGCAGAAGCUGUCCAAGAGCAAUGGGAGCCUGCACACGCUGCUGUCGCAGAGCAGCACGGCGGCCCCGCAGCACGGCCCGCUCCGCACCCACCUGCUCCAUGCCAUCAGCCUGGACGAGGCCUCUGACUCCAGCCACAACUCCAUCCAGAGCUUCCCCUCCUACGGCUCCCGCCUCAAGCCUGCCCAGAGCCAGUUCAGCGCCUCCAUGGGCCACAUCAACCACAUCGGGGGCUCCCUGGACAGGGUUUCUCGGAGCCCCAGGGAUACCCUGGCCCCUGAGAAGAUGCCCCUGUCCUGCAAAAGCAUGGCCACCCUGAGCAGGCUGCAGAGCCCCGGUGAGCCCCCACCGCCCUACGAGUUCUCCUACUCGCUGGAGGACGCGGUGAAGCAGCUGGAGGACCGGCUGCAGGAGACGGGAGGGGAGCUGAGGCAGCUCAAGAGGAGCCUCAGCGAGACUGAAGACCCCUUCACACAGGCGUUUGAGGACAAGCAGCGGCUGUGGCUGGACGAGCUGGAGGACCUGAAGCAGAUGUACAUGGCCCGGCUGCAGCAGGUGAUGCAGCAGGCGCAGCGCGGGCAGCGGGCGCUGCAGCUGCAGCUCUACAAGGCGCAGCAGGAGAAGAAGCGGCUGCAGGAGGAGCUGAGCCUGCAGCAGUGCCAGUGUGAGGAGAGCAAGCUGCGGCAGCCCCAGGGCGAGCAUGGCAGCCCCAAACUGGAGGAGACCAAGUGGGAGGUGUGCCAGAAAGCAGCAGAGAUCUCCCUGCUGAAGCAGCAGCUCCGGGACACCCAGGAGGAGAUGGCUCAGAAGCUGGGGGAGAUCUUCAGCCUGAAGACGCAGCUGCGGGAGGCCAAGGCAGAGGUCCAGGCCAGGGACUCGCAGCUGGCACAGCUGGCAGACUCCUUCCAGAGCCCCCCCGAGCCCGGCUCCUCGCUGCCCCUGGGCGAUGACCCCAUGCCGUCGUGCCAGGACUUCCCUGGCUGCGAAACUGAUGACUCCAAGUGCCGGGGCCUGCAGAGCGACUCGGCCGAGCCCCUGGAGCGGCAGGUGGAGUGGCUGUGGGCAGAGCUGCUGCGGGAGCGGCGUCAGGGCCAGCUGCAGGCCGUGAACUUUGAGCUGGAGAGGAAAACGUGGCAGGAGGAGAAGGAGAAGGUGCUGCGGUACCAGCGGGAGCUCCAGGCCAGCUACAUGGAGAUGUACCACCGGAGCCAGGCGCUGGAGCGGGAGCUGCGGCAGCUGCGGGCGGAGCCCAGGGAUGUCAGGAUCGAUUCGCCCUGGAUCGAGCGGGUGGAGUCCUCCAAGAUCUGAGGGGCGGGACGCCAGUGGGACUGAAGGGGGAAGGUCUCUUGCCGCUGCAAAGGGACGAUCUCAGGGUGUGCACAAGGACUGGCCCCGCUCGGCGCUGCCCUGGCCUGAAGGACCCAUUGCCACAGGGGAGCUUCUCCUUCUUGCAGCACCUCAGGCCCUUCUGGUGGGGUCUCUGGAGGGCGGGGGGUCAUCUGUGCCAGGGUGGGGGUCUUGCAUGUGCCCCCUGCUCUGACUCCAGGAGUGUUUGCCCUGUGAUUCCUUCUGCCAUGAGGGCAGAAACCAAGCACCCUGUGAGACAUUCCCUGUCCCUCCUGCUCAGCUGCCCCUGUUCCUACAACCCAUAACUUAAUGUGAGGAGAAGCUGAAGCCCUGUCCCCCACCCCACUGCC